UUUAUUUAUGACAAAAAAAAAAACCAAUAUUGUAUUAUAAAAUGCUGUGGAGCUGAGCUGAUUUGAUCUCCUUUUAUUUUGCGAAAGAGGAAAAGGACUAAUCGAGUUCCUCCUCCUCUUCCUUUUUCUAACUAAACGAACCCUAGAUUACCUCUCUCAGUUUUUUCUUCGCAGGUUGAUUGAUUUUACUGGGCUCUAAAAAUAGAGGCUUUGGAUUCAUCGAAAGGAAGGAGACGUUUCGAUAUUUCUUUGUUUAGGGUUUGUUUGGCUUGAAAUCUGUAGAGAAAUGGGGAGUAGAAAAGAAGAAGAGAGAAACGAGAAGAUAAUUAGAGGUCUCAUGAAGCUUCCUCCCAACCGUCGCUGUAUCAACUGCAAUAGCUUGGGUCCACAGUAUGUUUGUACUAAUUUCUGGACUUUCAUUUGUACUACUUGCAGUGGGAUUCAUCGAGAGUUUACUCAUCGUGUGAAGUCAGUAUCCAUGUCGAAGUUCACAUCCCAAGAAGUUGAAGCUCUUCAAAAUGGUGGCAAUCAGCGUGCAAGGGAAAUAUAUUUGAAGGAUUGGAACCAACAAAGGCAGAGAUUGCCUGAUAACAGUAAAGUGGAUAAAGUGCGAGAAUUUAUAAAGGAUGUGUAUGUGGAUAAAAAAUAUGCUGGAGGAAAUACCUCUGAUAAGCCUCCAAGAGAUUUGCAGAGGAUUAGAAGCCAUGAAGAUGAGACAAGACGUGCAUGCUCUUAUCAUUCUUAUUCUCAAAGUCCUCCUUAUGACUUUCAAUAUGAAGAUCGUCGUUAUGGAAAGCAAACUAACACACUUACUCGCAAACCUGGUUCAGAUCGAAGUCUUAAUGUUGGAAAGAUGGCUAGUUUUAUUUGUAGUCCUACCCGCUUAAAUGAAAGGGUGUUUGAAGACAGGUUUGCAAAUGAGGGUUCUGUUUCUCGAGUUUCAGACUAUUCUGUGUCUAGUGGUGGAGAUCCAGUCAGAUCUGGUGCAGAAUCACCAAAUUUUCAGAAGGAUAUUGCUUUUAGUCCACCUAUUCAGCCUUCAAGGGAUGGUUUAGGUGACGUAAAGCAUCAAAAGGCAAAUUCAUUUUCAGAGGCAAGCUUUAAAAGAGAUGCAGAUGGGAUUCCACAUCCACAGAGAACUACAUCAUUAGGAAGCAUGGGAUCAUUUGAUAGCCUUUCUGUGUCCAUCAAGUCAUACAAUUCGGGAAGUUUGCUGGAUAUUGUCGCAGAAGCUGGGCAAGCUGCAGGAAAUCCCCAGGAAAAUAUGCCUGCUUUUCCAGUGUCAUCCGUUUCUAGUCAUGCUAGCUUGGACCUUUUCAAGGAACCAGUGGCUCCAGAACCAGCCUCUCCUAUGGCUCCACCAAUCGAUUUAUUUCAGUUACCAGCAACGUCGCCAGCUCCAUCUGUAGAUUUGUUUCAAGUGCCCCCAGCUUCAUCUAUUAAUUUAUAUCAGCCUUCCCAAACCUCUCUUCCUUCAACUCUAGACCUCUUUGGUGGUAGCUAUCAGCAGCAGUCAGUUACUUCCUUGGAUGAAAAAUCUCCACAUUCCUCACUGCCUAAAAAUGAAGGAUGGGCAACUUUUGAUGGUCCUCAGCCCAUAGCAUCCACCCCAGGGCCUGAGAAUCUCACAUCUUCAGUAGGACCUUCCAAUGUAGGUUCAUCAAAUUUUGACCAAGUUCCAUCAUCACAUACAAGCAUGCAAUGGCCACCUUUUCAAAACUCUGUUGAUCAUAGUUCAUCAUCAGUUCCUGAUCCCUGGCUUGGUGAUGUGCACAGUGUACAAGCCACUGACAAUACAAGUUCUCAGAAUUGGAGUGCAUUUGAGUUUGAUGAUUCAGUGGCAGGCAUUCCCCUGGAGGGCAUUAAGCAAAGUAGUGAACCACAAACAUUAUACAAUCCUUCACCAACUGCUGAUCAGUAUUUUGGCUUUGGAGCUUCAGAGGACUUUAACAAAGAUGGGAUUCAAAGAACUGCCUAUAAUGGAGUACUUCCUGGUCCUAGUGAACCAUCAGAUAUUGUUGCGGGGCCAUCAUAUACUCCUUCAGGACAUCCUUUGGUGGAAGAAACAGAGUCUCAUGCGGAUCAUAAAUCAAUUAACCCGUUUGAUCUACCAUACGAAUCUGAUUUGGAGCCGAGCAAUAUGUUCGUGGACAUGAGCUCUUUGGAAGCUGCACUGCCCAACGCUAACUCAUCAUCCAGCUUCCUUGGUGGUGUGACUCAACCAUGGUUUCCUCAAGAUCUAGCGAUGACAUAUAUCCCUGCUGCACCACAAGGUGGAUUAGCAUUUAUGGCGGGACAAGCACCCAGCCCUCAAUUAGGGAAUGUUCAAACACAAGGGCCUGUUGCUUCUGUUGGAGGGAAUCCAUUUGCAUAGUAUUCAGUAAUCGAAAGUAGUUUUCUUAAUCACGUUAAGUUUGCUGUUGGAAGUUUUCCAUUGACCUCUUGUAGCCAGCCACUUGGUAAGUCAGGAUGAUCGAGUUACGUCAUUAUUAGUAAUAAUAUUAUUUGUCAUUUUUUCCCAUAUGAAUUAUUUGUGAAAAUAAAUGCUUGAUGUGAAUAACUUUCUAACAAUAUGCGAGGCCAUUUAUUCUUUUAGUUUUAACACUCAAUAUUCGAGGCCUAGUGUUUGUAUCCUAAUUAUAUUAUUAGAACUGGUUCUUGGCACUACAAAUUGUAAUGUAGCUGUUAAAAUGUUAGUGUGGUCUUUUUCUAUCUAUUUGAGAAGGGUGAAAUCGUUCGCGGACAAACUUUGAUGUUUAAUCAUAUGGCACAUGGUUUUCUAUUCUA